ACAGUUCAUUUAUCAAUAUGUUAUAUUUUUUUCAGUUUUUAAAUUGCAUUCAUAUACUCACACUUUGUUUUAUAAAUGUAAGUCCGAUGCAAUAUUUUGACAACAAUUGAAUGUAGUUGAAAGUACUUUUGUAAUGCACAUUGAGUAUCACUGAAGUGUUGAACAGUAGUUGAAUCAAAACAUCAACAUGGCGGGUGGAAAGACAGAUAUGGAAAGAAUCGGCCUCUUCAGUGAAGUUGGCUACACAACGAUUGGAGAUAAAUACCCAAAGGUGGAUCCAAACAGUAGGCCUUUCAAUGAAGCUGCCUACAAAAAUAAACACAUGCUGCCAGGGGGAAGCAAAACUCGUUCUGCACUUCAGGCUGGCUACUUUGAGGGCCAAUUCAAAAGAAUCAUGGAAAAAGAAGCCUACACAGACCCUGUCAAGCUUCGGCGACAACAGAGAUUAAAAGAAUCAACAAAAAAUAUUGGCAAAGCUUUUUUGCCGAACGCUGGUGAAAAAUUACCAUGUGGUCUUGGAAAUCACUAUGGCACAUUUUCAGGACCAAUCAACGCGUUUAGCCCAGUACCACGCCCAAGAAAAGCAUACACUGCACCAGGAAGAAAUUUCACUACAAAUCCGCCGAAAAAGGGAACUGGCUAUGGAUAUAUCGGAGUAACUCUUGGGAAAUAUCAAGAUCAUGCAGUAGAAGCCUACAACAGAGCAAAAGAAAUGCGAAGGAAAGAAAUGCUGGCGCACAAAGCUAUGCUGAAGGGGGCUGCUUUUAGAUUGAACUCUCAUCCACAAACUUAUUUUGAUCAUAAUCCAUAUAGACCGGACAGGCCUUUAGGUCCACCCAAAAAGGCUUCAGCGUCUUUACCACCAGUCAAACCAUUCAAGCCAAGUUCUCCACCGAAAAAGAUUGCAGGAGCAAAGGCUGGGACAUUUGAUCCGUAUCCAUCACAUUCCAAUGAUCCAUAUGUUGUGAAAAAAAAGAAGGCACCAACAACAAAUAAGGAAGGAAAAAUAUUUCACCCGGCCCUUGGACCGAAAUCUAGACCAACGAAAUCUAUUGUAUCACAAAAUGUCAUUAAAUCUGUUCAUCGGGAUAAUUAUAAAAGCGUUCGUCAGGUCAUGGCAUUUUAAAAAAUGCAUUGAUCUUUUUCACCCACUUACAAAUGCAAUUUGAUUUACUGUUAAUGAAACCUCUAUAAAGUCUUAUGAUUAAUAUUUUAAUUUUAUCGCAAGUGUUAUUCUAAUAAUGUACUGUUUUUGUCAUGUUGUCAAAAUGUAUGAAACAAAAAAGACUGCAUAAUACUAUUGAAAAUAGAAUAAUGUACUAAUUU